AUGCAAUUUCAAUUCUGUUCAUUUGGUGUCUUUGAAAAUAACAAAAACCUUCUUGAUGCUAUUGAUAAAAAUGAGGUUAAAAAUAUUCUUUUUGAAUACCCUCACACUUUUAUUUGGCAAGAAAAUGACUCUAUUCUUUUUAUUAAAAAUGAUGGAACAUUACAACGACUUGACCAAACAACAAGUACUACAAAAUUUGUUUUAUUUGAACAAAAAUAUUGUAUUCUUAUUAGGUGUGACUCAGAAAAGAAAUUGACAUUCAACCUUAUCAGAAAUGACCAAAUAAUUGGUGCUCAAUUUAAGGUAUUAAUAAAUGUAAUGUUUAAAGAAAAUGAUAUUUUAUAUGCAUACCACCACCCAAAUGAUUUGGUCAUUUUCAUUGGUGUUAAAGGAACUAGAAUUAUCUAUAAAAUUAGGUAUAAUAUCAUUUUCUUAAAUGAAGAUCUAAAUGAAGUAGAUAUUAAAAAUAUGUCAACGUUUAAAAUUAUUUUAGAAAGUGUUGAAGAAAUACAAUUAAAAGAACCAAUUCUUCAAAUAAAAAAUAUAGAUAAUUUAUUAGUAAUUCUCACUUCUUCAGAAAAUAAUAAAUCAACUUAUUGUAUUUAUGAUAUGAAAUUAGCAGUACUACAAUUUAUUCCAUUUUAUCAUACAACACAAGUAGUUCAUAUUUUAAAAAGAGAUCAAGACUUAGUAAUGAUAGAAGAUUGUGGUGAUAUUUUUGUUAUGAAUAGCAAUUUUGCUUUACCAAUUCCAAUUAAAAUUUCAGCCCAUUAUCUUCUUCCAAAAGGAAUUCCAUUUAUUACAUUUCUUAGAAAUGAUGUUAUUAUAACUAUUACUUCUAUUAAAAUUGAAUGUUUCUCUCUUUCAAUAGAAAGAAUUAUUUAUGAAAAUAAUGAAAUACCACAACUUGAUAUUACAGAAUGUAUUUCUUUCAAUAAUAAAACUACGUAUGGAAUUUAUCAAAGUGAGUGCCAUCAAUUUUAUGAAAUUGUACCAAAAAGUAAUAGGUUUGUUGCACCUUUUUCAUUUAAAAGACUUAUUGAAACAACAAAAAAAGGAUUAACUCAAGCUAUUAAUCAUUUAAAUUCAUUACCAAAAACAUUAAUUCAAAAUAAAGUUGAUAAUUAUCCAGACACUUCAAUAUUUAUUUAUUUACCAAGAAAUUAUAAUUUUGUUAAUCAAUGCAUUGAUCGUAUGAAAAAAGAACAAACAACUUAUUCUUUUACUUCACAAGUUUUAUUAUCUUCAAUUCUUGCAUUAAGUAAUGGUAUUAAAAUUGAAGAUAAAUCAGAGCCAUUAUAUGAAGAUAUUCCUUAUAUUAAUUUUAAACCACUUUCAAUUAGUAGUAAAGCAAAUGAAGAUCUUCAUAAUGGAUUAUUUGAAGAAUUUGGAAAUUGUGUAAGGUCUCAAUUCAAACAAAGUGCAUUUGAAUUAUUAUUUUUUAUUCAAGAAUUACAAAAAAAUGGAUUUGAUAGAGAAGAAAUAAUGAAAAUAAUUUCUGCCAUGUAUUCUACAAUUCAAUGUGUUGGUACGUAUGAAUCAUUUAAACAAGAACAACUUCAUAUUAUUGUUGUUAUUCAAUUUAUUUUAUUUGGUAUAGAUAAUGUAUUAAAAGCAGUAAAUGAUAAACAAGGAAUAUAUUCUUUUUAUUCUGUUGACUAUGAACGGUUAUUGAAUGUUGCAGAUAUUAUAUGUGAAAAGCAUGUAUUUGGUUAUGACAAUGUUUGGAAAAGAAAAACAUAUCAGAUUGUGUUAAUUCAUCUUUUAUCUCAAAAAAAUGAAGAAUUAAUAAUAAAAUUAUUAAAUCGUAUUGAAAACAAAAAUGAAUUAAUUGAAGAAGUAAUAAUGAGUGUUGUAUUGAAUAAAAUAGAUACUGUUGAUAUUUCUUUCUUAAUGAAACUUCUUUCUUCUAAGUAA